AUGAAGCAUCGUGUUAUUCACCAAUUCAAGAGGGCACACGUUGUCAGCAAUCCCUCGACUGCACGACUCUCACUUGCGCUUCCUGUAGGGCGAAAGUGCUACUCGACACACCCGCCGAAUGCCAAACUAAAUCUGCCUGUCGACUAUGGCACAACUCCUCUCCUCGCACAUAACUCACAGGCUGCUUUGAGCCACAAGGAGCUGCCUGAAAGCAUUCGAAAUGGCCCGACCAAGAAGAUGAACCUGUUUCAGGCCCUCAACGACGCGAUGGGAAUUGCACUGGCUGAGGAUGAGUCUGUGGUCAUUUUUGGAGAGGAUGUUGCUUUUGGUGGUGUUUUCAGAUGUACUAUGAACCUGGCCGAAACCCAUGGUGCCGAGAGAGUAUUCAAUACUCCCCUUACAGAACAGGGUAUCAUGGGAUUCGGCAUUGGUCUUGCUGCGGAAGGCAUGCGGCCUAUUGCUGAGAUUCAGUUUGCCGACUACGUCUACCCAGCUUUCGAUCAAUUAGUCAACGAGGCCGCCAAGUUCAGAUAUCGUGACGGGUCCUGCGGGCGAAGUGUGGGUGGCUUGACAGUACGAAUGCCCUGCGGUGGUGUUGGUCACGGAGGUCUCUACCAUUCACAGUCUCCCGAGAGUCUGUUUACACAUAUUCCUGGACUGAAGGUCAUCAUGCCAAGGUCGCCAGCUCAAGCCAAGGGUCUCCUCCUGGCCGCAAUUCGCAGCAACGAUCCCUGCGUGUUUAUGGAACCCAAGAUCCUGUACCGCGCCGCCGUCGAGCAAGUUCCUGUUGGUUCAUACGAACUCCCACUAUCAAAGGCCGAGAUUCUCAAGGAAGGCAAGGAUGUCACUAUCGUCUCAUACGGUCAACCCCUCUACCUAUGCCAAAACGCCAUCAAGCAGGCAGAGCAGGACCUAGGCAUCUCUGUUGAGUUGAUCGAUCUUCGGACUCUGUAUCCAUGGGAUAAGCAGACCGUACUCCAGAGUGUUCGCAAGACAGGACGAGCCAUGGUUGUCCACGAAGCUAUGGUGAAUGCAGGCAUUGGUGCUGAAGUUGCCGCCACCAUUCAAGAAGACCAUGAUACAUUCCUGCGAUUAGAGGCACCAGUCGCUCGAGUUGCUGGGUGGAGUAUUCACUCGCCUCUGCUAUACGAAAAGUUUAAUGUUCCUGACGUUGCUAGUAAGUAA